CUGUUAUUCAGAGAACUCCUUAAGAAUCAUAUGAAAUGUAAAUGGAUUGACCAAUGACUUUAUUUUUAUUUUGUAAAACAUGAUAUAGUGGUAGUGUUUAUCAGAUUAAAACUGACAUGUAAUGUUUUUACUGCAGUUUAGUGUCUAUAGCAUCACAGAAAAUCAGGUUACCUAUUUUUAAAUUCCCUUUAGAUGUUUUCUGGUAGUAACUCUCAUGGGGGAAUCGUCUUAGGAGUUUUAAACGUUCACUGGCAGGUUGAAUAAAUUGUUAACGAAGUGUUUACAACAAAUUCUGGUGUAACGGAACUGAGGGUCCAUGUAAAAGAAAGACCGCCCCCCAUAUAGUAAUAAUGGCUAGGGUUAGUCUAUCCUUAGUGGAUCAAAAUCUCAAGUGAAGUUUACAUGUACUAAUGAAUGGGAAGCGGAGUCUUUGUCAUGGGGGACUCUGCGUCACGUUACACGGCACAAUACAACACAAUAAGUUCUCGAGAUACAUGAGCAAGCUACAGUAUCUGAUCCAACUCCUACAUUUUAAAAAUCCCUGUUGGAACAGCUAACUCCUAACUAUUUUGAUCUAGUUGCAGGUGACGAAAGAAGAAAUAUAAAAGAUAAAUAACUUAACAAACAUGAUGGCAAUGGAUCAACGAAGGACCAUAGUUCUCGUCGUUAUCUUUAUAGUGUUUUUUAUUUCAUCGCUUAUUUUUCGCCAUGUUAGGGAAUUUAAACCGAAUCUUUUCUCUAAACACUCGAGUAAUUCUAAAAAGGAACUUAAACAAAAGUGCACCAUAACCACGGAGUUUAUCAAACGUCUGGGCACCGGGAACAUAGACGCCGUCAAUGAAGACCUUUUAGAACACUUAAGAGGGAAAUGGAUUAUCCCUCCUUCCAAACUGUCCUAUAAUCUUUCCAAUCCAAAGGCAACAUACUGGGACCAAAUUGGACAGUCAAAAUUGGUAGAUAAGAUUCUGAAGCAACGUCGCAAAGGAUUCUUCGUGGAAUCAGGAGCAUAUGAUGGAGAGGCUCAUUCCAAUUCUCUCUUCUUCGAGAUUUCACGAGACUGGGAAGGAUUGCUUGUUGAGCCAAACCCGUGGUCUUUUCAAGCUCUUUUGAACAAAAACAGGAAAACGCAUGCUGCUAAUACGUGCUUAGCAGCCGGUCGCAGUCCUGCAAUGGUUGAUUUCACGUUUGCUCAGGAGAUAGGAGGAAUACCAAAUCACAGCCAUGCCAUUCCUAAGGGGGAUCGAAUCUUUAUAGAAGGAAAAAGCCGCAUACAAUGUUUUCCCAUCCAAUCUCUCCUGGCUGCCAUCGACCGGACUCACGUAGACUACUUUAGUUUGGAUGUAGAGGGUGCCGAAAUAGAAAUUCUUAAAUCGUUUCCAUGGGAACACGUCACUGUUGACGUGUGGACCAUAGAGUACUUGGUUUACGGCGGAGGUCCUGAUACGCCAAAGCGUGAGAAAGCAAUCAGGGAGAUCUUCAAAAAUACGGAAUUUUACAGGGAAGGUACCAUUCUAAGAGGACAAGACUUGGUUUUUGUCAGAAAGGACGUGCCACAAUGAAAAAGCAGU